ACGGCGUCGAGGUCGAGCACAUCGUGAGCAGCCUUUCCCCGCGUGUCGCUCGUCCGCUCGCUUCUCGCCAGUCCGUCUCUCCUUCAGCCCCGACCAGGCCAAAGUAUACCCUUACCUCCUCCGUGCAUGCCUCUACGCAGAUGAGACCCCCCACCUCCCUCGUCUCCUCCGCACUCUGUAUUCUUUGCGCCCAUGUCGUGUCCGCUUCUCUUCCCCUGGUCGACUUUGACCGCAUGGGCACCGUAGCCCUCACUGGCGCGUUUGCAGGACUCGGCAUCUCCGACAACUCGACCGUUGCUACCUCGUUUGACUCUUCCACUGCAACACUGCUUUCUCGUGCCUCCGACGGUGCCCUCACAGCGCUUGGCUCUACGGACAAGGGCGGCAGCAUACUCGCCGGCUGUGCUCUCAACGAUGUCUUCUACUUUGGUGGCAACUUUUCCUCCAUCAACGGCACCUCCGCCAGCUACAUCGCCUCGUAUUCUGCGUCUUCCGACUCCUUCUCUACCCUCGGCUCAGGCGGUCCCAAUGGCCCGGUCCACGCCUUGUACUGCGACGCGAGCAACAACAACGUCUGGGCUGGUGGCAAGUUCACGUCACCCGCCAGCUCUGUCGCGGUCUGGGAAACCAAGUCGUCUCAGUGGUCCUCGCCUCCGUUCGGCGGGUUGUCAGGCGCUUCCGCCGAAGUCCUCGCCAUCACCACCAACUCGUCUGCAUCGAGCCUCUUGUUCGCGGGCUCGUUCACGGUGUCGUAUGGCAAUGCGACCGUUAACAGCACUAACAACCCCAGUGUGCCGUACUCUCCCGGUGCUUCGUCAUUCUCGUCGUCCCUUGUACCCAUCGGGCUACAAACUGCGCAGAUUGUCGCACAGCCCGCUUCAUCUGAGUCUGGGUUCAACGACAUAGAGGACAUCCUUUGCCCUGCUGGAGCGGAUGGCGCAGGCAAUACGUGGUUGGCGGGGGACGGCCAGACGGCCGUUAUCACCGCUCGCGCAUUCUCCCUGCUUUCCGCGAGAGGCAUCCGGCUCGGUAACACCUUCGUCGAUGGGCGUGGUACCACUGGUUUCACCCUCACCACUAUUCCGGACAACACGGUGCAGACGAUGACCUACCUUGACCCCACCACCGGCCAGAACCAGACAUGCAGCAAUCCUUGCCCGCUAUUGACGAACUCAUCUAUCCUCUACCAGGACUUCUUGUUCAGCGACAGCCUCGACAUCACAGGCUUCCAGCUGCAGCUCACCGAGUGGCAGGGAGCGGGAGCAGGAUUGCACAUCAUGCAGCUGCUGUCGUCCGGCGCGUACGCCUCUGCCGUUGCAUCUAACAACACACAGUCAUGUUACGCGCCUGGUUCGUCUAACGUCACCUUCACCGGGUCUUGGACCGAGAAGCAGGCAACGACCAACAUCCCCGGUACCGUUCAGACUGUGUUGGUAUCCGACGUCGCUGUAGGCACGUCCGCUUCUUCAGGGCCGAGCGUGACUUGGUUGCCAUACGUCUCGGCGUCGGGUACCUAUGAUGCGUACAUGAUUGUCCCUGGGUGCAGCAACUUCCAGGAUUGCGGCCUGCGCACCAGUGUCUCGGUCACCGUCUUCCCUGGCUCCGGCCUACAGCCCUGGGUCACUACCAUCGCGCAGACGAACACUGACGACCAGUCGACACUCAUCUACAGCGGACCGGUUGUACCGUCCUCCCCCAACUUCGAGAUGACGAUCGAGAUGACACUGGCGGACAGCCCCACGGGAUCGGGAGAGAACGGCCAGUACGAGCUGGUAGCAGGAAACGUCGAAUUGGUCCUUACAAGCGCCAACAUCACGGCAAACGCGACUGGGAGCGGAAACGGGACCUCCUCUGCGUCAGCCAACUCGUUCGGCUUUUUCGAAUGGCCGCUGUCGUCCUCAUCCGCGUCGUCUACAGUCAGCGCACAGGUCGCAGUGCCCACCUCUGCGGAGACGUCUCUUGACCGGGUCGGCGUGGAUUUGCUCAGUGCCCUUGGUGGCGCUGGGAGUCUUACGUCGAACGCGCCCGCAGUUUCGGCCGUCGUGCAGCACUCCUCUGGCGCCCUCUUCAUCGGAGGUUCAUUCACCCUCUCGUCGGGAUCCGCCUCGGGCGCGUCGAACAUCGUUGCUUACAAGAAUGGCGCGCUCGCGGCGUUGUCGAAGGAUGGCCUCAAUGGGCCGGUGACCAGCCUUACCGUGGACGGGGACAACCUCUUCGUCGGUGGCGAUUUCACUGAUACAUCCUCGGCGUCGAACGGUGCGCUUGCCGGCGUGGCAUCGUACAGCAUUGGAAGCGACUCGUGGUCGUCGCUGUCGUCUGGCCUGAACGGUGCCGUCGCGAGCCUGGAUUACGUCAGUGGCAGACUCCUUGUCGCGGGUAACUUCAGCGAAUUGAGGACGUCCAGCGCGAGCGAGUCCGUUGAACAGGUAUCCGGCUUCGCUGCGUGGGACACGGCCAACAGUACGUGGGUCAACACCGGGGGCUACCUGAUCGGCAGCAUGACCUUUGUCGGCAACGGCACUUCGUCAACUGAUGGUGAGUUCGUCGCUGGCAAUGUCCAGGCCUCCCUCCAGAUCGGCGCUACGGGCUUCGUGAUGGUGCAGAAUGGUGCGGAUGGCGAACCGGAGUUGUCGCCUCUCGGGGUCCAGCUGACUGGCAACUCUACGUCCGCCACGAGCACGUCGUCCAGCUUGUCGAAGCGUCGGUACGCCCACGUUCACCGUUCGAAAUGGCUGCCCAGGGUCGAUGUCUUCAAGCGUAUGUUCGAGAAGAGAGCUACCGCGACUACACUUGCCCCUCUGCCUCCCGCACCGGCCUCGUCUGCGCCCGCUGUGUUUGCUGGUGCAUUCUGGACGAACAGCAGCUCCAACGAGAAAGUGAUCGUCAUCGGCGGUAACUUCUCGUUCACGUCCGGCGGUUCAACCUACGAGAACGUCGCCAUCUACGACAACAGCUCCGACACAAUCACACCGCUGCAGGGGAACCAGAUCAACGGCACCAUACGCACACUGUUGGUCCAGGGUGACAAGCUCUUCAUUGGCGGUGACUUCACCCUGGAAGGUACGAACGCGAUGGGCUUCGCCAUCUACGACCUUGCCGAGCAGAGCUGGGACAUGUCUGGCGUCGCUGCGCUCUCGCCCAGCUCUGGCUCUGAUGUGAUCGUGCGCUCGAUCACUGCGUCACCUUCGCAGACGGAUGUCAUCAUCGUCGCGGGGACCUUCGCGCAAGCUGGGUCUACGGUGUGCAGGGCGAUCUGUUCGUAUAACUACGCGUCGGAACAGUGGAGCGCUCUCGGAAAUGGUAUUCAGGGCGAGGUCGCGUCCGUCGGGUACACUGAGAGCAAGCAGGACAUCAUUGUCGUCGCGGGUUCCCUCGCACUCGCAGAUAGCACUGCGGCGAAUGUGGCCCUGUACUCCGUCUCGAAUUCGACGUGGACGGCUCUCGGAGAGGCCAGCUCUCUACCUGGACCAGUGACAGCUGUGGCUGUGAACGACUAUAACACCAGCAGCAUCUUCGCUGCUGGACGAGCCUCUGACAACACGUCGUCGUUCCUGUACUUCUGGGACGGCCAGAGUUGGUCGAGCGUUGGUUCUUCGCUGGACGCUGCUACGGACGUCACACAACUCGUGAUGGUCCCGCUCCAAAACACCCACACUUCGAAUGCUGUGAUCCAGUCUGACCGUGUCUUGAUGAUGUCUGGUGCCCUCACCGAUUCGUCGUUCGGAAACGCAUCCGCCGCUCUGUUUGACGGGCAGUCGUUCACGCCCUACAUUGUCACUGCGUCGGCUUCUGGGUCUGCCGGUGUGUUGUAUGGGCUCAUCCACUCAUUCUCGACGUUCAGUUUCGCGCAGAAGCACUUCCUUGCUACUGGAAUCGUCAUCCUAAUCUCUAUUGCGAUCGCGGCCGGCAUCGUCUUCCUCCUGGCAUUGAUCGGCAUCCUCUGGACACUGUUCUCUCGCCGAGACGACAAGAUCAAGCUUGACAGUGGUCCGGUCGAUGAGGAUGAUGACUCCUCUCACCGUCCAUCCUCUCUGCUGGAGCACAUCAACGCUGCCACGCGGGCAACAGUUCUCGGCGAGGGUGCGUUCGGUCCCAGCGCAGAAAAGCAGGCGGCUGCUGGUGCAACAGCUGGCGAAAGCGACCCGUUCCAGCCUGACGCAGACAACUACAUGCGUGCGGAAACGCCGUCGGACGCCAUCGCAGGAACAAUGGGUGUCGAGGAUAUGACCCGCUCGGCUCAUGCUCGAUACUCGUUCGAUGGUGGAGGAGAGGGUGAGCUGCCCUUGUCGGCUGGGCAGGAAAUAGAAGUUCUUGAUGAUGGUGAUGCUGCGUGGUGGUAUGCACGAGAUGUGCGCUCAGGACGUGAAGGCGUCGUGCCAGCGGCUUAUGUUUACUGAGUCUUAAUUUUAUCUCUCGAUUUGUAUCUGGAUUCUUGCUGUCGUCGUCGCGCACUCAAAUGGGAUAGUGGAUACCCGUGAUGACGGACGAUGGACGUCUCACUGACUUUUGGAUUCAGUCCACGCUCUCGUACCCUUUCGGUUGUCGUAGCUCAAUUGCCUCUCUACACUACUAGACUACUUAUAUGUUGAAUAAAGCGGUUCGUGUCAUGCAUGCAUUCAUGAUCACUAGAGAAAUACGAUGAGCAAUCUUGGGACCGGG